GGAUCAGCUCACUUCCACUUCAAAGCAUCUUUCGCAGUAAAACAGUUUUCCCAUAAUUAAAGUAUAGCUCAAAGAUAUGACACACAAAGUUGUUCGGUCUCUCCUUCCUUUUGUCCUGCUCUUGUUAAUCAAUGGCCAUGCAAGCUGUGCUAGAGAUAUGAAGCUUCAGCACGAGAAUGUAGAAGAAAAACAAGUCGAUCAGCCUUACCUUGAUGGCUGGCUUAAAAACAGUCCACUGACGAACAAAAAACUAAACUCUAAUCCAGGUUAUCUUGAUGGAUGGUUGAAAGACACUCCUGAAGAAAACAAAAAAGCUAUCCACAACACCAAUCAAGUUUACCUCGAUGGAUGGCUGAAAGAUACCAAGAAUCAAAAGGAAAAGACCACCCACAACUCCAAUCAAGUUUACCUAGAUGGAUGGUUAAAGGAUACCCAAGUUCAGAAAACAAAAUCCACUCCUAACUCCAAUCAAGUUUACCUUGAUGGAUGGCUAAAAGAUACCCAAGUUGAGAAAGCAAAAUCCACCUCUGACUCUAAUCAAGUUUACCUUGAUGGAUGGUUGAAAGAUCCAGUUGAGAAAGCAAAAUCGACCCCAAACUCCAACCAAGUUUACCUUGACGGGUGGUUGAAAGAUAGCCAAGUUGAGAAAGAAAUAUCCAACCCAAACUCCAACCAAGUUUAUCUUGACGGGUGGUUGAAAGACACCAAAGAUCAAAAGGAAAAAACUAUCCACAACCUCAAUCAGGCUUACCUUGAUGGCUGGUUAAAAGAUAGCCGGGUCCAGAAAGCAAAACCCACCCACAACUCCAAUCGAGUUUAUCUUGAUGGAUGGUUGAAAGAUAGCCAUGUUGAGAAAGAAAAAUCCACCCCUAACUCCAAUCAAGUUUACCUUGAUGGCUGGCUGAAAGAUGCCCAGCUUGAGAAAGCAAAAUCGACCCCAAACUCCAAUCAAGCUUAUCUUGAUGGAUGGUUGAAAGAUAGCCAAGUUCAGCAAGGAAAAUCCACCCCUAACUCCAAUCAAGUUUACCUUGAUGGCUGGCUGAAAGAUGCCCAGCUUGAGAAAGCAAAAUCGACCCCAAACUCCAAUCAAGCUUAUCUUGAUGGAUGGUUGAAAGAUAGCCAAGUUCAGCAAGGAAAAUCCACCCCUAACUCCAAUCAAGUUUACCUUGAUGGAUGGUUGAAAGAUAGCCAAGUUGACAAGGCAAGAUCGACCCCAAAUCCCAAUCAAGUUUAUCUUGAUGGAUGGUUGAAAGAUAGCCAAGUUGAGCAAGUAAAAUCCACCCCUAACUCCAAUCAAGUUUACCUUGAUGGAUGGUUGAAAGAUGCCAAGGAUCAAAUGAAAAAACCAAUUCACAGCCUAGAUCAGGCUUACCUUGAUGGUUGGUUGAAAGACUCGCAUGCAGCGAACUCCAUGAAGAAAAUUGGACAAGACAUGGCAGAAUCAAAAGGGAAACCAUCUUCUAAAGUUGACCAUACAGAGGCAUUCAAGUUAGCUUUUUUCACUAUGGAUGAUCUUUAUGUAGGGAACGUAAUGACGCUGCAAUUUCCUGUCAGAGAAUAUGCUAACUUCUUGCCAAAAAAAGUAGCUGACUACAUUCCUUUCUCCAAGUCACAACUACCAAGCCUUCUUCAACUCUUCUCUCUCACAAAAGAUUCCCCCCAAGGUGAAGACAUGAAAGACAUAAUUGAUCAAUGUGAAUUUGAACCCACAAAAGGGGAGACCAAAGCUUGUCCUACUUCAUUAGAGUCCAUGCUUGAAUUUGUUCAUAGUGUUCUUGGUACUGAGGCCAGAUAUAACAUUCACACAACUAGCUAUCCCACAACAUCAGGUGCACGUUUGCAGAACUACACCAUUUUGAAAAUCUCAAAGGAUAUCUAUGCUCCUAAAUGGGUAGCUUGUCACCCUAGGCCUUACCCUUAUGCUCUUUACUAUUGCCACUACCUAGACAUAGGGAGUAAGGUCUUCAAAGUUCUUCUAAAGGGUCAAUAUGGAGACAUAAUGGAUGCUUUGGGCAUUUGCCACCUAGACACGUCUGACAUGAAUCCUAAUCAUUUUAUAUUUCAACUACUUGGAAUAAAGCCUGGGGAAGCUCCUAUGUGCCAUUUCUUCCCUGUAAAGCAUGUUCUAUGGGCACCACUCCCACCAGAGGCCACCCACUGAACCAAAGGGAACUAGUUGAUCAUAUUUCUAUGUCAUUCCCUAUGCUUCAUGGUGUUUAACUGUUAUGAUUUUCUAUGUAUUGUAGGGUCUUGUUUGUGUGCUAAAUAAGGUUGUGUUUGUGUACUAAUUAAGGUCUAAUUUCUGUGUACUAAAUAAUUAAGGUCUUGUUUAUGUACUAAUUAAGGCCGUGUUUGUGUACUAAUUAAGGUCUAGUUUCUGCGUACUAAAUAACUAAGGUCUUGUUUGUGUGCUAAUUAAGGCCGUGUUUGUGUACUAAUUAAGGUAUUGUUUCUGCGUAUUAAAUUUA